AUGCCUCUGUCCUCCGUGGCUGGUGGCCUCGCGCGCGUCGGCGCCUGGAUUGUCUCCGACAAGGCUUGGGGCCUCGUGGAGAGCACCCUCGGCAACGCGACCGAGUGCGCGGUCGCGUACGGGCUCGUCGGCUCGCUGAAGUGGGGAGCGGCCCUGCUCUCCAUCGCGUCCUUCUUCCUCGGCGUCUUCGUCGGACGGCAGCGGUUCGAUAUCCAGUGGCGCGGCGGCGAGAGCAUGCAGGCCCGCAUCGCGAUCGCGCCGUGCACGCCGACCGACUAUCAGGAAGUGACGAGUCUGGAUCCGAGCGAGAAGGCCGAGGAGGACGGGAGGUUGUGGUAUAUGGCGACGCCCGACGGAGACGUCUACCCGCACGAGCUGACGGCCCAGGCAUUGCGUAUCAUCGUGCCGUACGAUAUGAGGGAUCGGAGGCAGCUGGUCAACCGAGAGGGGGCCAACCCCGCGGGCGUCGGCACGUACGGCAGGGACUGGGUGAUGAGCCCCGCGGCCUUCGCGCUCCAGUUACGCUUCGUGUUGGGGCAGUCGCUCGACGAGGUGCUGGAGACGGCGGCGGCGGCGGAUGGAGCCCCCGAGGAGCCCGAGGCGGAGGAGAGGCCAGCGGCGGCGAGAGCGCCUUCAGGAUCGGCCUUGGCCUCGGCGGAGAUUCCGACUGAGUGGGGCUCUGGCCGCGGGCGCCUCCCAGACCCUUCGCCGUCGCGUUGGCGAUGCGUCGCCUCGAGCGACGGCGGGGGGAAGGGCUUGCUGCCCGACGAGGACCUGGACGCCUUCGUGAUCGCGUCGGGGUUCGGCAUGGCGAUGAAGGGGGGCCGCACGAUGCUGGUGCGGGCUCUUCCUCCCGACGGCGGGGACGAGCUCGACGCGCGCGUCCUCGCGCUGCGGGCCAGCGCCACGGAGCGCUUCCUCGGGAUGCGUGAGGCCGUGACGGAGCUCACCGAGACGCAGUGGGAGUUCUUCCCGAUCAGCGGGCCCCGCACCGUGAAGUGGGUGUGCGAGUUCGUGCGCGAGAAUGACGUGACCUUCAGGUCUCGGCACGCCAAGUUCAAAGCCGAGACGGGGCUGUCGUCGUCGGACCAGGACGUCUCCGUCCACGAGCUCUGCUGCCGCAUCAUGCACCUGCUGCUGACCUACGACCAGCUCAAUGCGCGCCUCUCAGGGAUGCAGAGCACCGUUGAUCGCCAGAAGUCGGAGAUCGAGAAGUUGAAGAAGCAGCUGGCGGCUGCACCCAGGGCGCAGCUGGCCGUCGAGCUGUGGACCUGCGAGGUCGUCGCGGCGCUCAACUUUCUCAACGGGCGCCUGGGCGGCGACGGGUUCGACAAGCUAUCGGCGGCGCAGCUCGCUGGCAUCGAGUCGCUCUACGACCACCUGUUGGAGUUCGGGCCUCCUGAUGUCAGUCCCACGGCGGCUUACACUGAGCUGCGUGGUUGUUCUCCUGGGUACGACAUGUCCCCAGCGAAGGCGGUUCUGUUCACCGAAGGGAGCGUGGCGGUGCCUUCGGACUCCAGGAAGUGCGAGCCCGCCUACCUGUUGUCGGAGUCCGUGCGCGACUUGUGGCAGGACUGGGAGAAGCAUCUCUUGCGCCCUCGUAAGGAGUGGCUUGCUAAUGUACCACCUCACUUCGACGCCAGGUUGAAGAGCUCGCCGAAGCUCUACGCCAGCUUUUUGCACGACUUGUUCAAUGCGGGCAUGAUCGAAUUCACCAGCGAGCGCAAGCACACGCUCGCGCCGUUCUUCGUCGCCAAGCGGGACGGGAGCGGCCAGCAGCGGAUGGUUCUGGACACCCGGCGUGUCAAUCGUAUGUUUUAUGACCCCGACGUCGCCGAGCUGCCGACGGCAGGCAGCUGGCAGAGCCUGCGGCUCGGGGCCGACAGCAGUCUCUUCCUCGGUCAGUGCGACAUCGAGGCAGCCUUCUAUCGGUUCCUUGCGCCGCCUGGUCUGAGCGAGCUGAUGAUUCUUCCGAGUAUCGAUCGCGGUGCUCUUGCCAAUGUGCUGCCGAGUGGCACUCUCGACGGCAUCGUCGGUCGCAGGUGUUCGCCUUGUCUGAAGGUGCUGCCCGUGGGCUGGAACUGGAGCCUGUUCUUCUGCCAGCACGCCGUCGAAGGUAUGCUGAGGACCGUCGGCAUCGGCGAUCACAGACUCGUCCACGAGAGGAAGCUGGAGACGGUGUACGGCGCGUUCAACGCAGCGGGCCUCCAGUGCAAGGAGAUGGAGCCGCCGAGCGAUCACCAGAAGUUCACAGGUCUGAUCUUCGAUAGAGAGUCUGGAAGGAUAUCGCUGGGGCGGUCGCGGAUGUGGAAGAUCCGCCAGGCGCUGCUGUGCCAGGCGUCCCAGCGUUACGCCACGGGAAAGGAGCUGGCCAGCCUGGUCGGGCACUUCAACUGGGCGGCCCUUCUUCGCCGACCACUCCUGUGCAUCUUCCAGUCGACGUAUCGGUUCAUCAAGAAGGCGGGUGACAGCCGCUGGAGGAUAUGGCCCGAGGUGAUUCGUGAGCUGCGAGUCGCCGCCGCUCUCGUGCCCUUCGCCUACUACGACGCGAAGCGGCCCGUGGACUCGACGGUCUACUCCACCGACGCUAGCACGGGCGACCUCGACCCUGCGGGCAGCUUGUACGGCGGCUACGGGGCCACCAAGCGGGAGCUCAGCCAGCAGCUGGUGUUGGAGACAGCUCGGGUUCGCGAGCGGUGGCGCUACCACGUGGAGGGGGCCCUGCACGCUCGGGAGUUCGCCUUCGCCGCCCGCGACACCUCGGGGGCUCCGUCCGACGGGAUGUCUUUCGCCACUGUGGACUCGGACGUCGUCUUCCCGAUGGAGACCUGGCGGAACGUGACCUUCGGCCGCUGGUGCCGCGAGGAGAACAUCCUGAGGCUCGAGGGGCGUGCCCUCGCGCUCGGCCCGACUCCCUUUGCAGCCGACCCGCGGAAUGUUGGCACGGCCUGGGCUAGCCUCGCUCGGGCGGCCGCUGACGAGAAGGCUCGGCGCCUCCACUACGACGAUCCGAUCGGCCUGCUCCGCCCUCGGUCGAAGGCGGCGGGUCGUGUCGAGUUGGCACGCCAGAAGGCCAAUCGGGCGAAGCUCAGAGCCGCGAAGUUCGGCGGAGCCAACUGCGACCCUCGGCAUGGGCUGACCUUCUUGCAGAGGCACAAGGUGCGGGAGGCCACCAUCCGCAGCUUCGACAACCACGUGACCAGCUUCCUGGCCUGGGCCGCCGUGCCGUCGCUGGACGACAUCACGGCGGACCGCCUGGACGCCCUCCUGGCGGCCUACUUGGACAAGCUGUUCUGGGACGGGGAGCUGGCGGAGACGGGCUCGCGGCUGCUGGCGUCCGUGCAAUACAGGCUGCCGCGCGUGCCGCGGCCGAAGCACGGCGGCCUUCCGCUGGCGCGGGCCGCGCUCUCUGGCUUUCGUGUGCACUCGAGGAGCACUCCGAUGACGCCCGUCGGGAAGCCGAUCGUGUGGGCGAUGAUCGGGAUCGCCGCGCUCGAGGGGGACUUCGAGUGGGCGGGGGCGGUCGCGCUCGCGUGGGACGCGAUGAUCCGCCUCCCGAGCGACCUCGUCGGCAUGACGGUCGACGCGCUGGUGGGCCCAGGCCGCGGCGCGGAGCCCCGCUGGGCGCUGUUGCUGUACCCGAUCGAGGGAUCGGCCUGCAGCAAGUCGCUCGCGCAGGACGAGGGCGUGCUGCUGCGGAGCGCGGCCUGGCGUGGCGGCGGCGGGGGCUUCCUGAAGCUGCUCCGCGCGGCGCGGCCCGCUGGGUCGCCCCUGUGGUCGUUCAGCGCAGCGACCUUCGGCGCCGAGUUCCGACGUCGGCUGUCGCUGGUCCCGGGUGCGCCCGACAUGAUCCCGUGCCAGCUGCGGCACUCCGCGGCGUCGCACGCCACGGCGGUGGAGGGCAUGCCUCUGGCCGAGCUGCAAGCGCGUCUACGCCACACGAGCGCGCAGAGCACGGCUCGGUACUCGCGGCACGUGCGCUACCUCGCGGAGCUCGAGAAGGUCGACGUCGAGGUCUCGGAGUGGGCCCAGGAGGCCUUGCAGGACCUUGCCCGCGCGUGCCGCGCUGCCGCUGGCCAGACCUUCCUCGAGGUCGGCUUCGGGGCGGGCGAGAUCGCGCGGGCCGAGGACGCCCGCAUCUCGGGCUGCAGCGCGCGGAUAAACGGCUCCCUGCUGGCUACCGCCAUCGUGUAUCGCCGCCUCUCGUUCUGA